AUGGUCAAAUAUGAAAAAGCUAUUCAAGGCUUGAUCCUCCGCUUCAGCGUCGAUGCCUCUCUUUAUAUGCAUACUUGCGAACGACUUAUUCGUCCAUUGAUGUUGGAAGUUGACGAGUGGUCAGAUUUGGUAGACGACCCGGGCGGCCCAGCCUGGAAAAGCGAAGAGCUCGGACAUCAGAUAAGCGAGCGCUUGGGCACGGACUACAUGACAUACAUUGAGGUUGCGAAGCGCCUGCAUGCCCGUCUCAUAAAAUUUGCCGUCAAUCUCGACCUCAAUGUCUCGGCUGGUUUGAAGCCAAAGUGGAUGACGCCACAGGCAGCAAGUCAAUCCAGUCUGCAGGAGAAGUUCUUUAAACGAACCAACCAGACAUGGAGGGGCCUCAAAGUUGGAUUCAAAAACGGUAGCCUGAUGAAAGCCUUGGAGCAGAUCGAACUGGAUCUCACACGUUUGGAUAGGCUACUGGAUGCGAAUGAAAGAGAAGCCCCGGUGAGACUUGAGCGAAAGAGGCGUGGGAAUGCCAAAAUAUGGCAGACCAUUCGAGAGGCCGCGAAGAACGUGUAUGGUGCCCUUGCUGCUCAUUGGCAAUGUCCACCUGGUCACCAUCAUGCUGCCAGUCUUAGACUUGAGACUCGUAAGGCCACGGAGAUUGGAGAAGCUCCUCGGUUUGGGCUUAUUAUAUCCCUCGAUCAGGCUGGGUCACAAGUUCAGCAAUUACUGUGGCGCGAGCUGGAGAUUGAACCACAAUUAUCUGCUUCGUCAACCCAAAUGGCUCCAACAACUGCUCCUAAGCUACCUGUCGGCACGUUUAAGGUCACCUUCAUGACAGCUACCCCGAGCAUUACGAUUGCGCAAACCCAGACACACACAAGUUCCGAUGGCAUCAUGGGAACCAAGAUUGAUGAUCUUUGUGUUUGGCAGCAGACUCACUUAUUGACCAAGGACGAAUGUAUCGGAUUUCUCGAGCAUCAACUCUGGCACCACCGUCUUUUCCAGAAGAAGAUAGGUCAUGUUAAACCCGAUGACCUAUGCUUACUUCCUCUGCGACAAUGUGCUACAGGAGUGGGACUUCCCAGUGCAGCACCAACCCCCUUUGCAAGGGGGUUAAGCACGAAAGAAAAGUACCACAUUGCAACUGUGCUCGCAAGCUCUGUUCUCCAGCUUGCCAACACCCCUUGGCUUCCUGGCUCAAGACUUGACUUGGAGGCAGUAUUUUUGAUGGACCUAAAGCAACGAGCACUGACAACAGCAAAUCCAUACAUUCGCCGUGACUUCCCCUCGGUUACACAAGCACAUAAAAAGCCAUCGACACCUUUGAUUGAGAACGAAUUAGUCUUUGCUUUGGGCGUCAUUUUAAUCGAGCUUGCAUAUCAACAGCCACUGGCUAGUUUCAAGCUCCCAGGGGAUGUGGACGACAACGGCAACGACUAUGCUCACACCGAUCUUCAGAUCGCAACUCGACUGGUCAAAGAUCUGAAGUCUAUGGAGGGUGAGAAGUAUGCAGAUGCAGCUAGGAAGUGCGUCAAGUGUAACUUUGACGUUCAUGAUUACAGUCUUGAUAAUCUCGACUUUCAAGAACAAUUCUACACAGGAGUUGUUUUGCCGCUGCAAGAGCUGCGGUCUCAACUGAGCUGA